GCUCCUUCAGCAUUUACUCGAGGCACACUAAGGAAGAUUUCUGAAGAGCAAAUCAGCUUGGACCCCAGCUUUUCAGACCAGCAGCGAAGCAGAUUGCCAUCAUGAGUGAUGAAUCAAAUGGGAAUCUCAUUAAAGAUAGACUUGUUCAACUGAGAUGUCACUUCACGUGGAACUUGCUCAUUGAAGACGUUGAAGUGCCUGAUUUAGAAAACAGGGUCUUUGAUAACAUUCUGUUCCUAGACACCAAAAACAAAGGGACAAUAUACAACCUUCUGGCCUAUGUGAAACACCUGAAAGGCCAGAAUGAGGAAGCCCUGGAGAGCUUGAAAGAAGCUGAAGACUUAAUCCAGCAAGAACACGCCAAUCAAUCAGACCUGAGAAGUCUGGUUACCUGGGGCAACUAUGCCUGGCUGUGUUACCACAUGGGCCGACUGGCAGAUGCCAGGAUUUACCUGGACAAGGUGGAGAACACUUGUAAGAAGUUUGCCAGUCCUAACUGCUACAGAAUGGAGUGUCCUGAGAUGGACUGUGAGGAAGGAUGGGCCCUGCUGAAAUGUGGAGGAAAGAAUUAUGAACGGGCCAAGGCCUGCUUUGAAAAGGCUCUGGAAGUGGACGCUGAAAACCCUGAAUUCAGCACUGGGUAUGCAAUCGCCACCUAUCGUCUGGAUAGCUUUAACAAAACAACACAGAUCAGUGAGGCAUUUUGUCUGCACCCCCUAAAAAAGGCCAUCAGGCUAAAUCCGGAAAAUGCAUAUAUUAAGGCGCUCCUUGCUGUGAAGCUUCAGGAUGUGGGACAAGAAGCUGAGGGAGAAAAGUACAUUGAAGAAGCACUGACCAGCGAGUCCUCGCAGACCUACGUCUUUCGCUAUGCAGCCAAGUUUUACCGAAGAAAAGGCUCUGUGGACAAAGCUCUUCAGCUCCUAAAAAAGGCUUUACAGAAAACACCUAACUCUGUCGUCGUGCAUCACCAGAGAGCAAUUUGUUACAAGACACAAAUGAUUCAAAUAAAGAAAACUACAAACUGGCAGCCUAGAGGACGGGAUAGAGAAGACGUCCACAAAUUGCUUCAGCGGGCUAUAUCUGACCUUGAAACGACUUUGCAGCUAAAGCCCUCAAAUGGGAUGGCUUAUGUUGAACUGGCUGACAUGUACGCAGAAAUUGGCCAGCACAGAAUGGCUGAGGACAUUUUUCAGAAAGCAUUGUGCCUGAAGGUCUGUAGUCCUUACCUACAACAACACAUUUAUUACCGCUAUGGCCGAUUUCAAGAAUUGCAGAAGAAAUCUGCAGCCAAUGCAAUUAUCUAUUAUUUAAAAGUAGUAAGAACAGAAGAGCCAUCAUCUACAAGGGAUAAAAGUAUGAGUUCGUUGGAGAAACUGGCUCUAAAGAAACUUCAGAGAAAUGACCUAGACAUAGAAAACUUGAGCAUCCUUGGGUUCAUCUACAAAUUAAAAGGAGAAAUAAAUGAAGCCCUGGAGUAUUAUGAGCGGGCCCUACGGCUGUCGGCUGGCGUUGAGAACUCUGUGGGAUAUGAUUGGUAGGCGCUGAAAUAUGGAACAAUUUCAUAUUUCAUUAGAUUUUAGGUUAACACGUACUAAUCAUCUUUUCUGCUUGCUGCUUUCAGAAACAUAUUGUGUAAAUUUUGAACAAUUACUCAAACCUGAUAAUAUAUUAGUUGUAUUCAGAAAAUAGUGAAACAGAAUAUAUAUGUCUCUGUAUGUGAAAGAAAGGUACCAUUUCUCUAUGAAUGCUCUACAGUAGAAAAAAAGUUUGUUAAAUAGAUUUUUAGCAUAUAAAACACUGUACUUACAUAAAAUAAAAUGUUUAAUUCAUUACUUUGAUGAAUAAAUAGUUUUCAGUACUAGAUACCAAAAACACUAUGGUGAUGUAAGGAAAAUUAUUUUCCUCUACAUAUCUUAGGUUUAUUGACUUGGGCCCCAUAAAUUAGACGAAGAAAGGACAGAUAAACAGAAGAAAAAUAAACAAAAUUUCAUAAACACGUGCAUCUCACAUACACAUGGGAGUACCCAGUGAUGAGUAGCUCAAAGGGCUGGAUAGAACUUGGGCUUAUAUAGCAUCUUAACAAAAGAACAAUACAUUUUUAGAAAAGUGAUAAGACAAAGGAAGAAAACAUUGAAUUUCUAAGGUGGCAAAUUAUAA